UGUUGUGUUGUGCUCGCUCGGUGCUGUUCAAUCUCUUCAGUUCACUGUUUUUGGUAAAAGCCUGGGUCAUUGUUCAGCUCCUCAGUCUCACCUCGACUGCUGUAUUGUUUCUUCCUUCUGUGAUCCUAACCUGUUUUGGAGGCGAUGCGUCAUAAUACAUCUACCAGCCGCCGGAAGGGCAAAACCCCUCAACGUCGCCCCCCCGCACCGGCACCGGCACCAACACCAGGGACCUCCGGUUCAAAACCCAGGUCCCCGAGAAGGAGCAGACUUUCAGAGCUGGCUCCUGUGACUCCUAGGAAGAGGAGGUUUCGACCAGGAACCAAGGCCUUAAUGGAAAUCCGCAAGUACCAGAAGAGCAGCGACCUUCUGCUCAGGAAGGGACCGUUCUCUCGCCUGGUUCGUGAGGUCUGUCAUAGUUUUUCCAGAGAGGCUCUGAGGUGGCAGGUCUACGCUCUUCUGGCCCUGCAGGAGGCUGCAGAGGCAUUUCUUGUGAUGUUAUUCUCAGACGCCAACCUGUGUGCCAUCCAUGCCAAGCGGGUAACCGUGUUCCCCCGUGACAUUCAGCUGGCGAGGAGGAUCCGCGGGGUGGACAACCUUUAAAAACAUGAGAGCACAAGCUGAAUGACUCUGACGUUCCGUCACCACUCAGUCCCAUCAGUUCAGACUGUUUGAAGUUUUCUGACUCUGCUACAUGUUUACUAUCAUUUGGCCAUUUAUCAUGGAGCCAACAAGUUCAGAUUCAUGUCCACUGAGUUCACUUCAGGUCACCUACAGGUUCUCGACUGCUGAAGAAAAAGAGAAUGAAAAUAAUUCUGAUGGUUAUGUUGUAUUUUUAUAUGUUGUAGAAUAAUUGUGCUAUCCAGAAUGCAUCUGGAUGUGUUAGUGUGGUUACUACUCUUAUAUAUUAUGUUGUGUGAAUGUUGUUCCUCAUUGAAUAAAUUGUUAAUA